AUGGUGCUGUGGGAAUCCCCGCGGCAGUGCAGCAGCUGGACACUUUGCGAGGGCUUCUGCUGGCUGCUGCUGCUACCGGUGAUGCUACUCAUCGUAGCCCGCCCGGUGAAGCUCGCAGCUUUCCCUACCUCCCUAAGUGACUGCCAAACGCCCACCGGCUGGAACUGCUCUGGUUAUGAUGACAGAGAAAAUGAUCUCUUCCUCUGUGACACUAACACCUGUAAAUUUGAUGGGGAAUGUUUAAGAAUUGGAGACACUGUGACAUGCGUCUGUCAGUUCAAGUGCAACAAUGACUAUGUGCCUGUGUGUGGUUCCAAUGGGGAGAGCUAUCAGAAUGAGUGUUAUCUGCGGCAGGCCGCGUGCAAACAGCAGAGUGAGAUACUGGUGGUGUCUGAAGGAUCGUGUGCCACAGAUGCAGGAUCAGGAUCUGGAGACGGAGUCCAUGAAGGCUCAGGAGAAACCAGUCAAAAGGAGACAUCCACCUGUGAUAUUUGCCAGUUUGGUGCAGAAUGUGAUGAAGAUGCUGAGGAUGUCUGGUGUGUGUGCAACAUUGACUGUUCUCAAACCAACUUCAAUCCCCUCUGUGCUUCUGAUGGGAAAUCUUAUGAUAAUGCAUGUCAAAUCAAAGAAGCAUCAUGUCAGAAACAGGAGAAAAUUGAAGUCAUGUCAUUGGGUCGAUGUCAAGAUAACACAACUACAACUAUUAAAUCUGAAGAUGGGCAUUAUGCAAGAACAGAUUAUGCAGAGAAUGCUAACAAAUUAGAAGAAAGUGCCAGAGAACACCACAUACCUUGCCCAGAACACUACAAUGGCUUCUGCAUGCAUGGGAAGUGUGAACAUUCUAUCAAUAUGCAGGAGCCAUCUUGCAGGUGUGAUGCUGGUUAUACUGGACAACACUGUGAAAAAAAGGAUUACAGUGUACUGUAUGUUGUUCCUGGCCCUGUCAGAUUUCAGUACGUCUUAAUCGCAGCUGUGAUUGGAACGAUUCAGAUUGCCGUCAUCUGUGUGGUGGUUCUUUGCAUCACAAGGAAAUGCCCCAGAAGCAACAGAAUUCACAGACAGAAGCAAAAUACAGGGCACUACAGUUCAGACAACACAACAAGAGCGUCCACGAGGUUAAUCUAA